UUUAAAGUUCUUCAGGACAUGCCAAUGACAAAGAUUCUCUACAUUUAUUCCAAUUUAUAUUUUAGCCUUGAUUAAAUAUACUUCUUAGUUAAAGCAUAAUUGAGCCUAAAAUGUUUCCACCAAAUGGAGUCACAACUUCUUCCAUCCAACUUAAGUGUACAUUGACUAAGCAUGCUUAGGCUUCAGUGCAAGUGAUUUAAAUUGACUAUUGUAACCUAAACUAUAAUUAUUUAAUGGCAAGUUUUACUUAACGUAAAUGGAAAUGAACCAAGAAACCAUGAGCAUCGUGGUGGGGCCAGGGGGCCGGAUCAACAUGCUCACCGAGGAGCAAGCAAACCGUCUCAUCAGCAGCGGGCAGGCCAGCGUGGCCCACAUGUCCGAUGACCAUCUGAGCCUCAUCACCGGGGCCCAGGAGAGCCUAGCGGGUCAGGACGAGGACAUGUCCCUGCAGGAGCAGAACAUGGACGCCGUGUGUGGUGACGAGUCCCUGGGAGAAAUGACUUCUAAUGUUGGCCCGGAAGUUGAAAUGAAACUCAGCACUUCCGCUGCAGGUGAUGUCCAUAAUCUUCUAGAAGAAAGCAGGGGGCUUGGUUGCUUGUCAUCUGAUGAUGAUAUUGAUAUCAACAUGGCUAUGGGACGAGACAAACAAAUGGAAUCUGCUAAUGAGGAACUGCGGGUCAUUGUGCAUGGAGACGAGGGACAGAACCUCGACUGUAUUGUUGAUGCUGACGGCAACAAGAUUGAUGUGGCCAUUGAGACGGAGCAGCACCAGCAGGGCAUCAAUGCCGGUGAUAUGGUCCAGGUGUACUUGCAUGACGACCAGAACGCCACCGUCGCCCUCGUCAAGGAGGAGGGCGGCAGCUACUGCGUGCAGGCGAGGGUGACCGGCGACGUGUUGCUGGGCUGCAAAGAUGACGAAGGCGACGAUGACUCAGCAGAAAUGGACACGUCGGGCAUGACUCAGGACGCUGCUAUUGCUGCUGACGGCAGCAAUAGCAGCAGCAAGAUGAGCAACAGUCAGCACUACUCGUGUAGCUUCUGCACCUACACGUCCAUCUACAAGAACAACUACCUACGACACGUGGCCAAGCAUAACUCAGACCAGGAGCUACUGCACUGCAGGAGAUGUCCGUUUAAUACCAUUUAUAAACAUAGUCUCAAGCGCCAUAUGCUCACCCAUCCUGAAGAGAAACCUGAGGAAUCCAACGCUAACGCCUCUACCACCACCGCCACCGCCACCGCCGCCACUGAUGCUGAUGGUGGUACAGAGUCCACGUCUACGUCAGAGAGUUCGUUGCUGUGUGACCAUUGUCCCUACAAGACCAAGAACCCGCAGCAUUUUAAAAGACAUUUAUUAAGACACAGCAACGAGAAGACCAUGAAGACCUACACUUGUGACACCUGUGGGUACGCGUCCAAGUAUAAGCAGCACUAUGAACGUCAUCUCCUCAAACACUCUGGAAAAAAGACGUAUAAAUGCACCGAGUGUGACUAUGCUACGGCUUACAUUGAUAACUAUAAACGCCAUUGCAUGAAACACUCCAAGGAAAAGUCCUUUUCUUGUGAACAAUGCAAUUAUACUUCCGCUUACCCCGACAACUACAAGCGACAUAUGCUUAAACACUCGGGGGAAAAAUCUUAUUUCUGUCCACACUGUAACUAUGCCUCGGCAUAUUCCGACAACUAUGAACGGCAUUUAUUGAAGCAUGCCAAUGGCAAGAUAUACACAUGUACAUCUUGUAACUACAGGUCAGCUUAUGUUGAUAACUACAAGCGUCAUCUUCUGAAGCACACUCGUGACAAACUGCAUACGUGUCAGUACUGUAACUACAGCACCGUGUACAUAGAUAACUACAGGCGUCAUGUUACUGUACAUACAGGGGAAGGAGCACAAACAUGUCCUCAUUGUAAUUAUAGUACUACGAUUAAGUACAAGUAUAAACAACACAUGUCCCUCCAUACAGGCCAAGGACUCAUACAGUGCCCGUAUUGUCCAUACAAAACACCACGCAAGUAUCAGUAUAAACGUCACUUGUCUAUUCACACCCAAGAGGGUAGGUAUAACUGUACUAUUUGUUCACAUAGCACAGCGUACAAGAGUUCUCAUAGAAAGCACAUGCUCAAGCAUGGUAAGGAGCCUGACUUUGCUGCAGAAACCUCAAGUGCAGAAACUUUAAAUGAAGAUGGAGGAGCUACGGAACAUACAGGAAUAACCGUCAGUAUUGGUAUGCACGACUCGACCGACAUGAACGCUUUGAUGGAACCAACGACCUCCUCCAGCAGCAGCAGCCUUAAAAGUGAACCUAGCAAAGCUUUGAAUAUGAAGUCAGAUAUGAAAAUGGACGUUUUAACAUCAGAACAAAUGAAUACGUCGCCAGUAACAUCUGGCGUCGCUCCGUUACCAACACGGUCUAUACGGCAAAUCAAGUCUAAACGCAACAGCCUCGCUCGGGUCUGCGUGGCCAACACCGACACAGUCACUAGCUUGACAGACUGUGGCAAGAAACCUGCGGAAUCUGGGGGGAACUUCUACAACGGCGCUGUAUCUAGCGAUAUUUCCACCAGCUCAUCCAGCAACAUUUCUCUUCUUAGCGGGAAAAUCACUGAGGAAUCUCCUGCUGUUGUUACAUCUUCUGGUCCUCAGACCGCUCGAGUCGCGCCCAUGACUCGCGUCAGUCAGCAGCAACAGGGGCAGCAGCCAUUGCAGCAUCAGCAUCAACAGAUUUCUCAUAUUCAUAAUCAACAGAUUCAGUUGAUAAGCCCCUUGUCAGCUGCUGUACAAGACCUCACUUGUGGAGGUCAGAACUUGGUUGUCAACAGACUUGGGCUGCCGUCCGCGGCCUCGGACCUCACCCGACACUCCAGCGACCAUCAGCACUUGGCCAGCAUUCAGAACCUGAACGCCCAGAACCUAAUGGUCGCCAGUGACCGCGGUAUCAACAAUCUUCAGGACAUGGCGCCCUUAGCAGGACAUCUUUUCUGCACCAACACGCAGGAGCUGUCGGGCCUCACCGUCCAGGACCUGAGUACUCUAGCCCUCCAGCAGCAGGCGCCGCUGGGGUCGCGACAUGCCAUUGCCUACACAGUUCAGGACAUGACUUCCACCGGCCUUAAUUUGUCAUCCAGUUCUACAUCCUUGACCACAUCCAGGUCUGUGGCUACAUCCAUGACAUCGGAUGGAUUACUCCCAGGGACCAUGGAUGGAGUUUUAUCCUCUAUCCCUUCCACAUCCUCCAGUGACACUGGAGGUACAGUAAACUUGGUCCAUCAUCAGCCCGUCUCAUCAGCGGACCUAUCCACCUCCAUACAGUCCGCCCUACAUCAAGGUCUGUCAUCAGGACAAAUCAUCGCCUCUUCUGGGGGCCAAUCAUUCCUGUUAUCAACCCCCGCUUCCAGCCAAUACUUCACCCCCACCCCCUUCAGUGGUGGUCACCCCUCCCACAUCACCUUCACCGCACACCUCCCCUCCCACAUCGCUGCUCAGCUCCAGUCUGGGGGACUCACUGCAUCCUCUGAUGCUGGGGAUGUGGGGGCUUCUCAUCUCCCCACGUCCUCCAUCACGCAAGUUCCCCAACAGACAAUAACGUUCGUGCAGCACGCCGUAAAUAACGCUUACGAACACGCAACUAGUAACAAUAACGCCGGGUAACGGGAUGUAACGUUCGUGAAAAAUAACGCAAACUACGCUCGUGAAUGACUACGCAAAUAACGUUCGUGAAAAAUAACGUUAAUCACGGCACAGAUAACGACAACGUAUGGUAACGGACCUGUCAUUUGUAUAUAUUAUGUUCGAGUUUGUAUAUAACUUAACCGACCCUCUAUCAUUGUAUCGUUAAUUUAUAUAAACGAAACGAUUUAAACAUAAGUUUUAUGUUUAGUUUCUGUACGUUUUUAGAAAACACAGCUAUGCCAGCAGCUAGAGUUUGUAGUGUUCGAUAAAAUGUAAAGAAUAAUGUAAAAUAAAUGUUAUAGGUUGAUGAUGGUGAAGAAAUAAAUGUUAUAGGUUGAUAAUGUAAUGAAAAUGUAGUCGGUAAAGUUAACUUAGAAAUAAUCAGCGAUGAAGGCAACACAUUUAAAUGUAUAUCUCACUUUAGCUUGAUAUUAAGUACGAUCAUGUAUGAUAUUAAUUAUUAAUGUAGUAUAUUAUGUUAGUAUUUAGUCGUUGUUAUACCUGCGUGUUCAGGGGGAUUCGCCCCCCGCUUCAUCUCGCCCUCUUGCUUUUAUUAUUAUUUUUGCCCACCUCCGGAAUUUAUCCCAUAACCUUUAUCCCCUUAAUCCCCACUUUACCCUUCAUACCCAAUUUUUUGUCAUUUUUCUUAAUUUUUUUCAUUCAUUUUCUUUAUUUU